AUGGCUCAAACAGCGACGAUUCCCGCACAUAACUCGCCCUAUACUGAUCUCCCUUCCGUUAACUCGAAGCUGUUCGAAGCCAAGGCAAAGAAAGGCCUGACUUUCGAUCAAAUUGCUCAAGCUGUCGGGAAGGAUGAAGUCUGGGUUGCUGCUGCGUUCUAUGGCCAGGCAAAGUUCACUCCGGAAGAGCUACAGAAGGUAGCCGAGACGCUUGAUAUUCCGCGUAGUGACCUGGUUGCUGGCCUGGGUGAUCAUUGGUGGCCCAACCGUGGACUAGGUCCCAUGCCUCCCACUGACCCUGUUAUUUAUCGGUUGUAUGAGAGCGUCUUGGUAUAUGGUCAUGCGAUCAAGGCCAUUAUACAUGAGAAAUUUGGAGAUGGUAUUAUGUCUAUGAUUGACUGCAAGAUCAACAUAGCGAAGAAACCGGAUCCUAAAGGGGAUCGCGUCGUUUUGACGUUCGAUGGUAAAUUCUUACCUCGCACCGAACUUUUAAACUCCGAUAUCAAACCAGCAAGGAAACAGAUUUCUACUCUACCUCUACCUCUCCUCCACAUUUCCUAG